CUGAGAUACCACGGGGAGGAACAGGGUCGCUCUCAGAGUUCCCUCCAGACUCUGGCCUUGUGACCUAGGAAUGUCUCAGAGGGAUGGAAGUGGAAAAAAGUUUCAGCGGGCCAAAGAAAAGAGGGUCUGAGACUGAGGGCUCCACGAAGAGCAUGGACUAGAUAGCAGGAAGAGCUCCAUGGGGCCCUGGGCCAGCCAUGAUACACAGAAACCUUUUGACCAGGCCCUCUCUGCACAUAGCUAUGGGGACUUCCAGUCCUAUGGUCGUCAGCGAAAAGCCCGCACAUAUAUCUGCAAGCCAGACAGUGGCUGUCAGGGACGUGGCAUCUUCAUCACCCGAAAUCCCCGGGAGAUCAAGCCAGGAGAGCAUAUGAUCUGCCAGCAAUACAUCUCCAAGCCCUUCCUCAUUGAUGGCUUCAAGUUUGAUAUGCGAAUCUACGUCCUGAUCACAUCCUGUGACCCUCUCCGGAUCUUCAUGUAUGAGGAGGGCCUGGCCCGUUUUGCCACCAUGCCCUAUGUGGAGCCCAGCCAUAACAACCUGGACAAUGUCUGCAUGCACCUGACCAACUAUGCUAUCAACAAACACAAUGAGAAUUUUGUCCGGGAUGGUGCUGUGAGCAGUAAGAGGAAGCUGUCAACACUCAACAUCUGGCUGCAAGAGCACAGCUACAACCCUGGAGAGCUGUGGGGGGACAUCGAGGACAUCAUCAUCAAAACCAUCAUCUCAGCCCAUCCUGUUCUUCGCCACAACUACCGAACCUGUUUUCCCCAGUAUCUGAGUGGAGGUACAUGUGCCUGUUUUGAGAUCCUUGGUUUUGACAUCUUGCUGGACCACAAGUUGAAGCCUUGGCUGCUAGAGGUAAAUCACUCUCCAAGCUUUACCACGGACUCACGCCUUGAUCAAGAGGUAAAGGAUGCACUUCUCUGCGAUGCUAUGAUGCUUGUCAACCUCCAGGCCUGUGACAAAAGGAAGGUGAUGGAGGAAGAGAAGCGACGAGUCAAGGAGCGGCUUUUCCAGUGCCACCAACAGCCACGAGAAUCUAGGAAAGAAAAAACUGAGCCAUCCCAAGUGGCAAUGCUGGACCAGGAACAAUAUGAGGAUUCCCACCUGGGAAAAUACCGGCGCAUCUACCCUGGGCCUGACACCGAGAAGUAUGCCCGCUUCUUCAAGCACAGUGGCUCCCUCUUCCAGGAGACUGCUGCUUCCAAGGCCAGAGAGGAGUGUGCCAGGCAGCAACUGGAGGAGAUCCGCCUGAAGCAGGAACAGCAGGAGAACUCAUGCACGAAGAGGCAAAAGGCCAAGGACCAGAACCAGGGGGAAUCCGCUGGGGAGAAGAGCCGGCCCAGGCCAGGGCUCCAGAGCCUUUCCACACGCUUGGUUUACAGGAACCACAAUUGGGAGAAACAGCUGCUGCCGGGACAGCUGGACACCAUGAGGCCUCAAGAGAUUGUGGAAGAGGAAGAGCUGGAGCGGUUGAAGGCCCUCCUACAAAGGGAGACGCUCAUCCGAAGCCUGGGUAUUGUAGAGCAGCUCACCCGCCUGCAGCACCCUGGCCCCCAUGGCCAGAAAAAACUUCAUGAGUGUCGGCCCAAGAACUUCAACUGGACAGGAGAGCCAGCAGCCAUCAACUCCUAUUCAUUGUCAGUGAAGAAGGCUGGGAGGUGCUAUUUUUCCAGUGCCAGAAUCAGGCUCACUAGCCAAGGCCAAGCCAGCAGAAGGCUAGAAGCCAUAAACCGAGUCCUGGCAGGAUCAGUGCCACCCACUUUAACCCCAAAGCAGAGCUAUCUUCUGCAACCGGAAAGGGUGGCAUCUGACUCCUGGGCUGAAUGCACCUUGCCCUCCGUGGUAAACUCUGAACACAGAGCAGCCAAGGUUCCCCUCUGCCCUGCGUCUGCACCGGUGCUGCAGCGUUCCAGAACACUCUUCGACAUCAGUCAGUUCAGGUGCGGCCCGGGGGUGAAGGCCAUCCAAGAGACAAAGAGCCCCUUUCUCAGAAGAGCCGAGUGCCCAAGUCAUGGGGCUGUCGCUGUCAGAAGACCGCUGAGCGGAAGCCCUGCCCACGGCGGUAGCGGAGACAGGCAGGCCUGGGCAGCCGCUGGGGCGGAGAGACGGCGCUUGGAAGCUGAAUCCGUUUUUUAAUUAAAGUUUAUGCCGUUUUC